AUGAUAUUUUGGGACUUCAAUGUACCAGUAAUUAGUCUUAUUGUAUUACAACUACAGUUCAUUUCGUUGGCAAAGUGUUGCAGUUUUGGGCUAACUCAACUGCGAUAUUCAUCGCUAGCAUUAAUGUAUUGUGAUCCACCGAAAAAAGAUGAACCAGAUCCAUGUCAGGCAGUUGUGGGUGUUGGAGAAGCAUUUUGUCAGUUGGAUGGUCAGGAUGGUAAAUAUGUUUGCUGUGGUAGCCCAAGAGCUUCCAGUGAUCCAGAUCCAAAACUGUAUCCAAUCCAACAAAGUAUGAAAGUUGUUAGCCCGAACACUUCGACCGGUCGCUCAGCGGUUUUUUCAAACACUACAACGGCAGUGCCAACCAAAUCUUUUGCUUAUACAGAGAAAAACCAAGCAGAUUUGUCAGCAUCUGCGCUAUUACCGUCACAUUUUAUUAACACAGAUCUGAAUACAACGCAGUUAACAGAUCUUGACUUUUCGCCUAGAUCGCUAAAUGAAACUGAUGAUCAGCCGUUGAAUUACACUCUAUUCUUAGGACCUGUGUUAACCCCAUUUUUAGCCAAGUAUACCAACGAGAAAGCUAAGGAAUGGUUUGGUUUACCAACGGCUGAUAGAAAUUUCAGCAAAUAUAAUGGUACGUCUACGCCAAAAGAACGAUUGAAUGUUGUUCUCGCAAACGGGACUAAAAUCUACUCACGCCUUAUGCCUGAAGAUGAUGGUCCGUUGUUAACGCUGGUAACUGGAGCCCAAUAUCACCCGGGUAAUGUAACCAACACUUGGACAGCAACUUCGUCGGUGGUGCUGCUGCAAGACGGACCCUGUUCAGUUGUUGUGAACACCGGACUUCCGGUUCAAAAAAACGAAAUCAUUGCUAAUCUUGCUUCAAAAGGAAUAAUUGGGAAUAAGUUAGAUUACACGGUUAUAACAUCUGGCCUACCACAAUUUGUUGGCAAUGUUAAUCUCUUCCCAGCUUCUCAAUUUAUUAUCGGAUUGUUUUAUGCUCAUUGGACUACGGUUGCCUUUGCUAACGUUCGCAAGAUACCAUUUGUUGAUCUCUGCUCCUCAAAAACACAGAUAAUGCAUACACCAGGACCAAGCCCUGAUGCUAUUACAGUUGUUGCAAGAAAUGUUCCGUCUAUGGGUACUGUGGCAAUAACAGGCGCAUUGUUUGUACAGGAUAUAGAUCCAAAUCGUAUAGAAGAACAUUUUGUUUGGAAUGAAGAGGAACUGUUGAUGUCAAGAAAAAAGGUAAUCUGCAUGAGUGACUGGAUAAUUCCUGCACAUGCAGCGCCAUCACCAGUUACAAAGUUUAUGAAAAGACAAAUGGAAUGUUUCUGA